UGGUAAUAUCAAUGAACAAGUACCAUGCUUAGUUCAGCUUGGGAUUAACCCACUGGAUUAGGGUCUUCGCGUGAGGGUUUUGGACUGCAUAUCAAGAAGGCCCUUAGAGGUGUGAAGGUUGAAGUAACUCAUGGAGGAAGUAUGAGCAGACUUAUGGGUUUUCUAUUCAAUGAACACAUUUUCCCUGUUUGCAAGUUAGAAAUCAACAAAGGCCAAAUCAUAUUUCCAUGGAGGUUUGUAAAAUUGUGGAGGGUCAGAGGUACUCGAAAAGACUCGAUGAACGUCAAAUAACUGCUCUUUUGAAGGUUACAUGUGGGCGGCCACGGGAAAGGGUGAAAGAUAUUAUGCAGAAUGUUCGCCACAAUGCUUAUUACGAGGACCCAUUCGCUAAGAAAUCUGGAAUAAAAACCAGUGAUAAGCUUGCUCAAGUUGGGGCUCGCAUUCUUCCUUCCCCAUGGAUUGGUUGUUUACACUGCUUACAACAGAUGACUUUAUGAUCAGUGGGGGAUAAUGUAUGUCAACGUAUACAACAGGAUCAAUUUGACACCAUGUAUUUGUCAGACAAUGAGAGUUAUGUUAUGUACUCUCGCCCUCAUU